AAUGUCAUAUUUAACCACUUCCCAUCCAGCCCGUGUAUAUAAACGGCCAGACGGGAGCAGUGCAGGAGAAGGUGGCCGUUUAUUAAAGUCCUCCCGGCUCCCCGCCUGUGCAUGCUCCCUGGGAGCACACGGCACUGCGAUCACUGUACGGGACCUCUGUGUGAGGUCCCAAUCAUUGAUCACAUGCAGAGUAGUAAGCAAGAUGUCACUUCUGACAUCAUUGCUUACUAUGUGUGAAAUCUGUGAAUGAUCACAGAGGUCACAUGGUACAGGGCUAUUCACAACAGCCUUGUAUCAUGUGACAAGCUGUGACCAAUCACAGCUCUCACA